AUGGAUUCACUGAAGAAUAGUCCAUCCCUAGACAGUGAUAGCCCCAAGGAAAACCACCCACUCACAGAACCAACCCAGCAGUCAGUGCCACCCACAGAAUCAACCCAGCAGUCUGCUAUCGAUGAAUCCGAAGUGGACCACGACACCGAAAUCUCCUUAGAAAAAACCAAAAAUGCAAACCAGGCACUAAGUACCAUCGAAGACAGUGGAUUCUUCACCCAGUCGCAUUAUUCAUUCCUAAUCUUAACCUCCGUAACCGAAGAGAUCGGAACCAACCUCCUCGAGCUCCUCGAUGAGAAAUACACACACGUCCGGAAGAGCUUCUACCUUCACAAAGCAGUCCUCACCCUCAAACUACCGAGUUUCACCAACUCAGCCCCACACGCCUGGUUCUUUCAACAACUUUUACAGUGGAGUUUCAACGGCCAACUUACACAAGCUGAGGCGCGGCGCGUGAGGGUAAUGGCAAGCCCGCUAGUAACGGCUCAAUCUCCUGGAUAUGUAUAUCACUCCCAGGACAACCCUGCAACUGGUCAUCCAACCGUGGUUAUGGAGGUUGGUUUUGGUCAAUCCUAUUCGAGCCUAGUACAGGCUGUGAGAUUCUGGCUAGAGGGUGUUGGUGUUAAUGUACGUAAGGUCAUUAUGAUCAGAUUCUCCCGGCGGGAGAGUGGAGUCGCUGGUACAAUCGAGCUCUGGGGUCGGGAUGCUACAGGUAAUGCGAGAAUGAUCUGGAGUAACCGGAUUUUCCCGGUUCGAGGCCCCGUCGAACGACCUAUCUACUUGACUCGAGAAGACAUCUUCGACGGCGUGGUUGAGCCAGGCCGUCAGGGCACCGACUGCCUUGACUUUGAUCUCACUUCUCUCCGCGACAUGAUCACCGAGAUGGGGUUGAAUACCGUCGGGCUCAUUCCUGCGCCUUGA